AUGGGGACGACUCUGAAUGGAGGUGAACUUCAUGGAGGCGACAGAGGUAGUUUGCAACAAGCCUCUUGUUUUCCCAGAUUAAACAAAAAUGUUGUAGCGUUCCAAAAUAAAAUAGUCAGUUCUCCUUCUCUCUCUCCCUCUCUCUCUCUUUCUCUCCAGAUCAGGAGGAGGCGACCCACUCCGGCCACUCUGGUGGUGUCCAGUGACCAGUCCUCCCCAGAAAUAGAUGAAGACAGAAUCCCAAAUCAGUUAUACAAGGCAGCCCUGAUGAACUCUCCCCGGCAACGGAGGAAGGGGGCUCGCGGUACCCCCACCAUGAAAGAGCUGCAGUUCCUGGUUGAACACCACCUUUACAAGCAGCAGCAGCAGAAGCAGCUCGGAGGGGGCGGGGCUGACGAGUGCUCCUCGGAGAGCCUGGACUGCCUGUCCGACCGGCCCAGCCCUGACUGUUGCCAUGGCAGCACCGACCUCCCAGAGGAUGAUGGGAUUUGGAGUUCUGAGGCCUUCGAAAAACUCCAGAGCCGGCUCGAAACUCCGGGCGGCGAAUCAGAGGCCAGCGUCACAACUGAGCGACAGUGCGGUGCUCUGAAAGAGGAGGGAGGGGUGGCAAGCGAAGCAACGGCAGCACAGCAGACUCCACCCGGAGGAACCAAAGCAGAUGCCACAUUGUUCCUGGGGGAGGAUUAAAAAAACAAGCGCACAAGAAAAAUAAACUUCCUGUGUGCAGAGCAGCAGCAUUCUGAGUGUAGACUAAAACAAAAAUGAUUGAACAAAAAUGAUUUACCCCUCCAGUCCUGUAGCAGGGACAGUGAAAUCCAAUGUCCUAUUAAACUUUUGAAAUUCUGUUUAAAACUGUAACAUUACAGCAUCCGUCCACUAGGGGCACCAGUGAGCUACAGUAUGUAUCCUAUCCCGUUAGCGUCACAGUAAACUAAUAGCGCCAUCGUGUACAGGUGGCUCGGGUUUUUUUUUAAUAUGUCGUGAGAUGUUUUAUACAUCCCUGAGCAGUAAUGUCGAAAACACCCCCAGUCGAAAGAGCCAGCGUGCAAGCGUGUUACACUGCAGUUUAAAUACACUGCAACUGCAAGCGCUGGUGCUUCAGAGCAUGCCAGAUCUAUACACCGCGGCCACAAGGCAGCCGGGAUGCAAACUGUUCAUAUGGGUGAAACAAACGAUUUAACGACAAACAGGGUGCUUUUUUGUGCGGGUUUAUAAUUACACGUAAUGUCUGAUUUAUAUAUUGUGAACGAUAUUAUUAUUAUUUUCAUUACUAAUAGUUAAGGUGACCAUAUGGGACAGAAAAAAAAAUGACACAUUGGAAAAUGUAAAGGAAAUCUCGCACGGAAUACUGUGCCACUGCUGUUUCACGUAGACUUUAGCGAUCUCGUUUGGGUGUUUCUUUGAUUACAAGACGUUGCGUGGCUGAAUGUCGUUUGGUACGAAUGACAGCCUUGAACUGAAAGUUUUAUUUCCACAAAUGAACAAUAUUUUCGCAUGGCAAAACGCACGCAAGACGGGAUUGUUAGGGUUACAUCACAGAGUCCUCGAUCAUUCUUUCGUGUGAAAGGCAGGAGAGACGUGAGCUUUUUCAACACAUGGGACUCUCCACUAAGAAAUUAUAAAGGAGCACACUAUCCAUUUAAAUACAUUUCAUUGUGUAUUGGGUAUCAUGUGAAAUAAUA